AGGGAGGGGAGCCCCGAGAAGCGAGCGGCGAUGAGGUCCUAAGCGGGGCGGUGAGCCACCAGGUGGGACAGCCGCCAGCCGCCCGGGAGGGACGCGGGCCCGGGCGCGGCGCGGCGCGGCGCGGCGGGCGCAGGGGAGAGGCGGGGAGCGGGCGGGGCGGGAGCCGCAGCCGCCCGCGAGUGCGCGCCGCCGGAGCAGGUGAAGCCGCCGCAGGAGUCCCGGCGGCCGGGCAGAGGGAGGCGGCUCGCCGGGCCCGGGCCAUGGAGCAGCUCAAACUGAACACCAGCGUGCAGGGGUCGGGACCCGGGCCAGCGGCCCCCCUGUGCCGCCCGGGGGGACCCCUCCUCAACAGCAGCGGCGCUGGCAACCUCAGCUGCGAAUCUCCACGCCUCCGCGGAGCUGGCACACGAGAGCUGGAGCUGGCCGUUAGGAUUACCCUUUAUGCAGUGAUCUUUCUGAUGAGCGUGGGAGGAAAUGUGCUCAUCAUCGUGGUCCUGGGACUGAGCCGCCGGCUGAGGACUGUCACCAACGCCUUCCUGCUCUCACUGGCCGUCAGUGACCUACUGCUGGCUGUGGCUUGCAUGCCCUUCACACUCCUGCCUAAUCUCAUGGGCACAUUCAUCUUUGGUACCGUUGUCUGCAAGGCGGUUUCCUACCUCAUGGGGGUGUCUGUGAGUGUGUCCACCCUAAAUCUGGUGGCCAUUGCCCUAGAGCGCUACAGCGCCAUUUGCCGGCCACUGCAGGCACGGGUGUGGCAGACGCGCUCCCACGCUGCUCGAGUGAUCGUGGCCACGUGGAUGCUGUCAGCACUGCUGAUGGUGCCCUACCCAGUGUACUCCACUGUGCAGCCAGCCGGGCCGCGGUCACUGCAGUGCCUACAUCGCUGGCCCAGCGCGCGGAUUCGCCAGACCUGGUCGGUCCUGCUGCUCCUGCUCUUAUUCUUCAUCCCGGGUGUGGUGAUGGCCGUGGCCUACGGGCUCAUCUCCCGGGAGCUCUACUUAGGGCUCCGUUUUGACAGUGACAGUGACAGAGAGAACCAGAGCCGAGUCCGAAACCAAGGAGGCCUGCCGGGUGGGGUGGGUCCAGGUCCUGCGCACGCAAACGGGCGCUGCAAGUCGUCGGAGACGGGGCUGGUCGGCGAGGACGGCGACGGCUGCUACGUGCAGCUCCCACGCUCCCGGCCGGCGCUGGAGCUGUCGGCGCUCACCGCGCCCGCGUCUGCAUCAGGAUCUGGCUCCCGGCCCACCCAGGCCAAGCUGUUGGCUAAGAAGCGUGUGGUGCGGAUGUUGGUGGUGAUCGUUGUGCUCUUUUUCCUGUGUUGGUUGCCGGUUUACAGCGCCAACACGUGGCGCGCUUUUGACGGCCCCGGUGCGCACCGCGCGCUCUCUGGCGCGCCCAUCUCGUUCAUCCACCUACUCAGCUACGCUUCGGCCUGUGUCAAUCCCCUGGUCUACUGCUUCAUGCACCGCCGCUUUCGCCAGGCCUGUCUGGACACGUGUGCCCGGUGCUGCCCCCGGCCCCCGCGAGCACGCCCCAAGCCUCUUCCAGACGAGGACCCUCCCACCCCGUCCAUUGCUUCCCUGUCCAGGCUGAGUUACACCACCAUCAGCACCCUGGGCCCUGGCUAAGGAGCGUGG